GAUACUCUUGGUCGUCAUAUGAAAACCACAAAUCUUCAACAUUCUCCACUUCACAACAAAACCCUUGGAGACAAAAAAGCGCGCGAAACUCCAUUAGUUUCGAGAGAAACUCAGCUAAGCUCGAAAAAUGCCGGAGCUUCCGGAGGUAGAGGCAGCUCGAAGAGCCAUAGAGGACCACUGCAUAGGCAAGAAAAUCGUGAAAGCCAUCAUCGCCGAUGAUCCCAAGGUCAUCGACGGCGUGUCUCCCGAUGAUUUCAGAGCCUCUCUUGAGGGCAAAACCAUCGUAGCUGCUUAUCGCAAGGGAAAAAACAUGUGGAUUGAGCUCGAUUCCUCUCCUUUUCCUACUUUUCAGUUCGGAAUGGCGGGUGCUAUAUACAUCAAAGGAGUUGCAGUUACAAAAUAUAAACGGUCUGCUGUAAAAGACGAUGACGAGUGGCCUUCCAAGUAUUCAAAGGUUUUCCUUGAGUUGGACGAUGGUUUGGAGCUCUCAUUUACUGAUAAGAGGCGGUUUGCCAGGGUGCGCUUGCUGAAGAAUCCGGUUUCUGUUCCUCCAAUAUCUGAACUUGGUCCUGAUGCACUGUUGGAGCCAAUGACUGUAGAUGAGUUCUAUAAAGCUUUCAGCAAGAAGAAGAUUGGUGUUAAGGCUUUAUUACUUGACCAGAGUUUUAUUUCAGGAAUUGGCAACUGGAUUGCAGAUGAAGUGCUAUAUCAGGCAAGAAUCCAUCCUAUGCAGACUGCUUCUAUCAUAUCCAAAGAGGACUGUGCAACAUUGCUGAAGUGCAUCAACGAGGUCGUCGAAAAAGCUGCUGAAGUUGGCGCAGAUAAUAGUCAGUAUCCUUCUAGUUGGAUUUUCCAUUCCCGGGAAAAGAAACCUGGCAAGGCCUUUGUUGAUGGGAAGAAAAUCGAGUUUAUCACGGCUGGUGGCAGGACUUCAGCCUUUGUGCCGGACCUACAAAAGAUAGUGGGAGCUGAAUCUGCAAAAGCAGCAGGUAAACGGCAGCAGGGCAAAGUUAAGAGAGUCAAGCAUAAUGAUAGUGAUGGUGAAGAUGAGGAGCCAGAAAUUGAAGAGGCAGAAGCUGGGAAAUCAAAAGGGAAGCAGCGUGGGACAGAUAAUAAGAGAGCUUCUACUAACAAGAAGUUGAAGGGAAGCAAUGGUGACAAUGAUGAAAAUGAUAAUGAUAAUGAUGAAGGUCUAAAGAAUCCUUCUGAAAAAGCAAAACACAGUGGGAGCUCCAAGGGAAAAGGUGGCAAUCAAGAGAAGAAAGCCAGAGCAAAUAUGGCUGCAAAAAGAAAACUAGAGGAAAGUGGUGAUGAUGAAGAUGAUGACGGUAGUGAGGGUGAUGAUGAUAAUGAAGGGGGCAAGGAUCGCAAGCUUUCUAGUAAAACAAAAUCAAAGGGGAAGAAGACGACCAAGCGAACGGCUGAACCAAGGCAGACUAGGAAUAAGCUGUCCAAUAAGCAGAAGUAACUGAGCAUAAAAGUAUCAAGUGUAGGUGAAAAAGAAAGUCUGAAGUAUCAAAUGUGCAAUUUUGUCAACAUUAAGGAAGUGGAAACAGUUAGUGCUUUUCGUUAUCACAAGGUGGUAAUUGCCCGUAAAUAGCUACUAAAGCUGUAUGAUGACAUGAUUUGUAAUAUUUCACCAGCGGUUUAGACCUAGGCUAGGUUUGCUUUGGAUGUCUGUUGCAACUUGUGCCAUGGAUAAAAAUUGGUAGUACUACUAUGUUUUAGGAGGAAAGAA